AUGUUGUUCCUCCAUAUGUUUGUGGUGCUCACAGUUCUGCAGUGGUCUGUAGUGACAGGAGAAGGUCGUACAGACCCUUUCAGCCUGGCCCUGUGCAAGGUGUGGGAGGAGUGUGUCAGAACUGUCGCCGUUGACAACUUGGCGCAUCCUGAUGUCGGGACUCCUCAGGCGAUCUGUGGCGACUUUGUGGAAGUUUUAGAGAAGCACGGCGUGGACUGCGAAUCCUCGAACGUACUUGAGGAAAAUACCACUGACGAUGGACUGACUCCUGUUUCAACGGAGCCCCGUCAGAGCGAGCAGGCGGAAAAAGAAUCUCCACCAACAUUUCACGACGAAGAAGAAGGCAAAAGAGACGAAGUACGCGGCUACAAGCAACGACUUCCCGACAACCGUCAUCCAGGCAAAAGGCUGACUCGAACGCACUACCUGCAAGAUUGCUCCCAGCUUUACACUGCUGGCUUCACAACUGACGGGGUGUACGCUAUCAAACCUUUAAAUUAUGAUACCGUGAUCUAUCCUUACUGUGAUCAGACCACAGAUGGGGGAGGGUGGACGGUCAUACAGAGGAGGUUUAACGGGUCCUUGGAAUUCUUCCGCUUUAUGGGUGCGUACCAGGGAGGGUUUGGAUUCACAACAGGUGAACAUUGGUUAGGGUUAGACUUCAUCCAUGCCUUAACAACACAGAACUCGUACGAGUUGUACAUUGAGCUCAAAGACUGGGGCAGAAUUGUAAAAUACGCUAAAUACUCCACCUUCUCAGUGGGUCCGGGGGAUGGUUACGCUCUGACUAUCGGGGGAUUCAGUGGGACGGCUGGGGAUGGGUUCGGAACGGGUCUGUCGACAUCAUCUCGCUAUAACAUCAACGGGACUAAGUUUAGCACCCGUUCGGACGACGAAGACGUGGGCUCAGUCCCUAAAUGGGUAGAAGUGUGUGGCGGUGGGUGGUGGUACAGCUUUGACGGCUGCUAUUGUAACCUGAACGGUCCGUACUUUCGAGAUUUUACUGACAGCCCAUUUUCCGGUUAUAACGGCUAUGGCGUUACGUGGUGGCCGUUCAACUACAAUUCUUACUACUCUCUCAAAGAGACGAAAAUGAUGGUCCGUCCCAGCGACUGGUCCCACCGAUUGAUAAACAGGAAACUGAAGAAGCAUUAGAUACAUGGUGUUCAUUGCUCAUUAAUGCCUUUACAUCAUGUGCAAAGCUGGCAUGGCUUUUUCAGGUGGUUGAACAGCAUUCGCCAACUCUUCACGAAAAAUAAUCAUAAAGUUGCAAAGUUCCUCCAAUCGCUAUAUCUUUUGGUUCUCAUUGAAUCAUUUUUGUCCAUUUGCCUCAGCAAGUACAUUUUAUGAAUGACAUCAGCGCGCUCAUCAAUUUUUUCCUGGCUUAAAAAAAAAUUCCUUCAUGAGAUGCUUUGCAUGAAGAGAAAGUACGAACGUGGUCGUAUGGCAGCACUUACUUGUAGAAGUGACACUAGUAAGGUAACCAUGGUUGUAGUUGUGAAGUAAAACUAGUUGAAUAGUAGCUUAUAGAAGUGACACCU